CUCCGCGGACCUGAGUCGCGCUUCCGAACUCCCGGGUGUGGGCCAGCGUCGCUCGCCUUCUGCGGCUGCAGACAUGGCGGCUUCCACGGCGGCCGGGAAACAGCGGAUUCCUAAAGUGGCCAAGGUGAAAAAUAAAGCUCCCGCCGAGGUGCAGAUAACCGCCGAGCAGCUCCUGAGAGAGGCUAAAGAGCGCGAGCUUGAGCUUCUCCCGCCGCCGCCGCAGCAGAAGAUCACAGACGAGGAAGAGUUGAACGACUACAAACUACGGAAGAGGAAGACUUUUGAAGAUAACAUAAGAAAAAAUAGGACUGUGAUUAGUAACUGGAUAAAAUAUGCACAGUGGGAAGAGAGUCUAAAGGAAAUUCAAAGGGCUCGAUCCAUAUACGAGCGUGCUUUAGAUGUUGACUACAGAAAUAUUACACUAUGGCUGAAAUAUGCAGAAAUGGAGAUGAAGAACCGCCAGGUCAACCACGCCCGGAAUAUCUGGGACCGUGCCAUAACAACACUGCCACGAGUCAACCAGUUCUGGUACAAGUACACGUACAUGGAGGAGAUGCUGGGCAACGUUGCUGGUGCCCGUCAGGUGUUUGAGCGCUGGAUGGAAUGGCAGCCCGAGGAGCAGGCCUGGCACUCCUACAUCAACUUCGAGCUGAGAUACAAAGAGGUGGAGCGGGCCCGCACCAUUUAUGAACGCUUUGUGCUUGUGCACCCUGCUGUGAAGAACUGGAUCAAGUACGCGCGGUUUGAGGAGAAGCAUGCUUACUUUGCCCAUGCCAGGAAGGUCUACGAGCGAGCGGUGGAGUUCUUCGGGGAUGAGCAUAUGGACGAGCACUUGUAUGUGGCCUUCGCUAAAUUUGAGGAAAAUCAGAAAGAAUUUGAAAGGGUACGAGUUAUCUACAAAUAUGCCCUGGAUAGAAUUUCAAAACAAGAGGCCCAAGAACUAUUUAAAAACUAUACCAUCUUUGAGAAGAAGUUUGGCGACCGGAGGGGUAUAGAAGACAUCAUCGUGAGCAAACGGAGAUUCCAGUAUGAAGAAGAAGUGAAGGCUAACCCACACAAUUACGAUGCGUGGUUUGAUUACUUGCGCUUGGUGGAGAGUGACGCAGAAGCCGACACUGUGCGUGAAGUGUACGAGAGGGCCAUUGCCAACGUGCCGCCCAUCCAGGAGAAGAGGCACUGGAAGCGUUACAUCUACCUCUGGAUCAACUAUGCGCUCUAUGAAGAGCUGGAGGCCAAGGACCCUGAAAGAACAAGACAGGUAUAUCAAGCGUCUUUGGAGCUUAUUCCUCACAAAAAGUUCACAUUUGCCAAAAUGUGGUUAUAUUAUGCACAGUUUGAAAUAAGACAGAAAAAUCUUCCCUUUGCCAGAAGAGCUCUGGGGACCUCCAUAGGCAAAUGUCCAAAGAACAAGCUAUUCAAAGGUUACAUAGAACUGGAACUGCAGCUUCGAGAAUUUGACAGAUGCCGGAAGCUUUAUGAAAAGUUCUUGGAAUUUGGACCUGAAAAUUGUACCUCAUGGAUUAAGUUUGCAGAAUUAGAGACAAUCCUUGGUGAUAUCGAGAGAGCUCGAGCAAUCUAUGAACUAGCCAUCAGCCAGCCACGCUUGGACAUGCCAGAGGUACUUUGGAAAUCAUAUAUUGAUUUUGAGAUUGAGCAGGAAGAGACUUCAAGAACACGAAGCCUUUACAGACAGUUGCUUCAGCGAACGCAGCAUGUCAAGGUAUGGAUCAGUUUUGCUCAGUUUGAGUUAUCUUCAGGGAAAGAAGGAAGUGUGGCUAAAUGCAGACAGAUUUAUGAAGAGGCUAAUAAGACCAUGAGAAACUGUGAAGAGAAAGAAGAGAGACUUAUGUUGCUGGAAUCCUGGCGAAGUUUUGAAGAUGAAUUUGGAACAGUAUCAGACAAGGAGAGAGUAGACAAACUCAUGCCAGAAAAGGUCAAGAAGAGGAGAAAGGUCCAGGCCGACGAUGGGUCUGAUGCUGGCUGGGAAGAAUACUAUGACUACAUCUUUCCAGAGGAUGCUGCCAACCAGCCUAACCUCAAGCUUCUGGCAAUGGCCAAACUUUGGAAGAAACAGCAACAAGAAAGAGAAGCUGCCGAACAGGAUCCAGAUAAGGAUAUUGAUGAGAGUGAAUCCUCAUCUUUUUAAAUGUUGCAAUUGCUUUUUAUAAACUAAUAGUGUAGGACUUUGACUUCUGGAUGUUUUUAUAUAUUUACACAGUAAGGAAUUGUUUUGACAGCUACCUUUUGAAUUAUUUUUUAAAAUGCUCUUGGGCUAACUACGGGUGGGAGAUUGCAAAUAAAGAAUUUUUAACAAUUUU